GCUUUCAGCCCCUCUCUUCCUGUCUUGUAGUACCUAAUUGUUUUUUAUGUUUCAAUCUUCAUUUGUGUUUGAGAGAGAUGGAAGAAGAGAAUUUUGUGAGGCCACCAGACUCUGUGCAAUACAGCAGCACCCCAAUUAUGUCACCGGAGAUUGUUGAGAUAGGAGAGGAUAGUACUCUUGUGACUGGAAGCAGAGAUGCAAGUGCUGAUGUUUAUGUGGCUGUUGGCAAAGAUGACUUGGAUGUGCUGAAAUGGGCACUUGAUCAUGCUGUCUCUCCUGGUGCUCGCGUUUUUCUUGUUCAUGUAUUUCCUCCUAUAACAUACAUACGCACCCCAGUUGGAAGAUUGUCAAGGAACCAUCCAAGUCAUGACCAGCUGAAAGUCUAUCUCAAUGAAGAGAACAACAGAAGGAGAAACCAAUUGCAAAAAUACAUUCGCCUGUGUAUUGACUCAAAGGUGACAGCAGAUACAAUGCUUCUUGAGAGCAAUUACACAGCCAAAGCUAUUCUUGAACUCAUUCCUGUCCCAACAUCACUACCCUUGUCCUAGGAACCAAACAUCCCCCCUCGUCCAGGUAUCAUCAGAAGCAGGUGGCGAUGGAAGAAAUUGGGGAAGGGAGAGUUUAUCAAGGAGAAUGCUCCAGACUGUUGUAAGGUAACAAUUGUUCACAAUGGCACCAAGGUUACAGAUGGUGAACAGAUUACAAACCUGAUCCAGGCAUGCAGUAGUCCUCAUAGAGCAGGAACUAUUCGCCACUGGGAAAGAAAUUACUUAGAGUGUGCAUGUUUCUCAGGCAAGUUCAGUUGAAACUAGAAUUGGUAUGUCAAUUUAUGCAACAAUACAAUGAACAGAAACAGGAGUA